AUUAAAGAACAGCCGACCAAGACAUGAGCAAAAACAGGUCACCUAAAACAGGAAGGCUGAAACCUGUGGCUUAAGCCCUUCUUCCCCGCAGCGCCACCCCAAAAAUCAUGAGUUCUUCAUAUCCUCCAUUGAAGCCCUCUCAACUUGUUCAAACAAUCACUACUCUACUCUCUUCCUCCCCCAAAUCUCUACCCAAAUCCUCUCUUCAAUCCUACCUCCCUCACCUCACUCCUCCCAUUAUUCACUCCAUUCUCUCCUCUUCCACUCUCUCUUCUCGCCCUUCCACUCUCUUCUCCUUCUUCCAAUGGUCUCAAUCCCACAUACCCUCUUUCUCCACCCAACCCCUCCCUUUCCCUUCUCUUCUCCCUAUCUUAUCCUCCCUAUUAUCCCAUCGCAGAUUCACCGUUGCAAGAUCCCUUCUCCUCACGUUUAUCCCUUCUGAUCACCCUCAACAUCUUCUCCAUCGUCAUCUCCUUCACCCCAUUUCUAAUUUCCCUCAACCCUCAACCGAAUUGUUGGAUACUGCUAUAGGUGCUUACUGCCAAUGUGGCAAACCCCAUCUCGCACUUCAGAUUUUCAAGAAGAUGAAGCGCCUUCGACUUUGCCCUAACAUCAUUACUUUCAAUACUUUGAUUACUGCUUUGGUUAGGUACCCUUCCACUCACUCUCUGUUUUUAUGUAAUGAGCUGUUUAAUGACGCACUUAAGCUUGGUUUGGUGCCAACUACAAUUACUAUCAAUAUUUUGAUUAAAGGGUAUUGUUUAGCUUACAAGUAUAAGGAUGCUAAUCAAUUGCUGGAUAGAAUGAGUGAGUUUGGAUGUGUGCCCGAUAAUGUGAGUUAUAAUACUAUAUUGGAUGGGUUGUGUGAGAAAGGUAGGUUGAAUGAGGUUAGGGAUUUGUUGUUGGAUAUGAAGGGUAAAGGUCUUGUGCCGAAUAGGAAUACAUAUAAUAUUUUGAUACAUGGUUAUUGUAAAAUUGGGUGGUUGAAGGAUGCUGCGCAGAUUGUCGAGCUGAUGACGCAGAACAAUACUUUGCCUGAUGUUUGGACUUAUAAUAUGUUGAUUGGUGGUCUGUGUAAUGAAGGAAGGAUUGAUGAUGCAAUUAGGAUUCGGGACGAGAUGGUAGGAUUGAAAUUGUUGCCUGAUGUGAAAACUUACAACACCCUGAUCAAUGGGUGUCUUGAUAAUAAGAGAAGCUCAGAGGCCUUUGAUCUGCUUGAAGAGAUGAAUCAGAAGGGGAUCAAAUGUAAUGAAAUUACGUGUAAUACAUUGAUUAAAGGGUAUUGCAAGGAAGGGAAGAUGGAUAAAGCUAGAGAGGUACUUCAAAAGAUGGAAGAAGAUGGUUUAUGUCCAGAUUGUGUUUCCUAUAAUACUCUCAUAAGUGCAUAUUGUAAAGCAGGAAAUCUACCAGAAGUAUUGAGGAUAAUGAAACAAAUAGGUGAAAAAGGUUUGAAAAUGGAUAAUUUCUCUCUCAAUACAUUGCUUCACAUUCUUUGUCAAGAAAGGAAGCUUGAUGAGGCCUACGAGUUGCUCUCUGUUGCUUCUACCAGGGGUUAUCUUGUUGAUGCAGUAAGUUAUGGCACUCUUAUUGCUGGCUACUUUAGAUGUGCAGAUACAGAAAAAGCUCUUAAGCUUUGGGAUGAGAUGGAAGAGAGAGAGGUAAUUCCCACUAUUGUCACCUACAACAUCAUAAUUGGAGGGCUAUGUAAAUCAGGUAAAACUCACCUGGCAAUUGCUAAACUGAAUGAACUUUUGGAGAAGGGUAUAGUUCCUGAUGAAAUAACAUAUAAUACUAUUAUUCAUGGAUACUGCUGGGAGGGGAACAUUGAGAAAGCAUUUCAAUUUCACAACAAAAUGGUUGAAAAUUCUUUUAAGCCUGAUGUAUAUACGUGCAACAUUCUUCUUAGGGGACUAAGUAGGGAAGGCAUGCUUGAAAAAGCUAUUAAGCUCUUUAAUACGUGGAUAGAUAAAGGGAAGACCACUGAUGUAGUAACUUAUAACACCUUGAUAACAGCUCUUUGUAAAGAUCAAAGACUUGAUGAUGCUCUGGGCCUUGUUGCUGAAAUGGAAGAGAAAAACAUCCAGCGUGAUAAGUACACACAUAAUGCUAUUGUUGGUGCACUUACUGAUGCUGGAAGGCUUAAAGAGGCUGAAGAAUUUAUGAUAGACAGAGAAAGACCAUCUGAACAGCGGUUGCAAAUGGAUGACAAGGAACAUGAACUCAGAGUUGAUGAACUAGAUUCAAGUUCAAUCGCUUAUUCACAGCAGAUUGAUGAGCUUUGUGCGGAAGGAAGAUAUAAGGAUGCAAUGCUUAUAUAUGCACAAGUCACUCAGAGAGGUAUUGAUCUACAGAAGUCCACUUAUUUUACUCUGAUAAAAGGACUCAUCAAGAGGAGAAAAAGUAUAUCGAAGACAGGUUGAUAGUGACCCCGAAAGUUUGGCUCUGGCUGAGUAUGAUGACUUCAGUUUCUAUGCCCAGUAUGCAACACUGCAAGGAUCCAAGGCAAAAGGAAAGUUUCAGGCAUGUAAUUCCCUCGCACCAUCUUAGUGCCUGCUUUCUUGUUUUAAUAGAAUGACAUAUUUACAUGUGAAAAAGAAAUAUUUUCCUUGUCAUUGAUAUCAAUGUCAAGAGCUUUCUAUUUAUAUUAUGUUUUUUCCCCCUCGAGGGAGGGCCGUGCUUGGAGAUUGACAAAGCAAUCCAUACAAUGGAUAUAACAUAAAGGUCCCACGGAGCAGCUUAAAAAAGCUUUUCAGGAAAUUUGGUCACGUAAGGAGCCUGAACCAAGUGAAU